AACUUCCAUGACGAUCCACCCCGUUCUCGUCGGAGCCCAUACCCAGCGAACACUGAUCUCUGUCUUCCUCUCUCUGCGGCGGCGGAAUUAGACAUCUGAGAAUCGCCGUCGUCGGUCCGAUGGGGGUCGUGAUCGAGAGCUCCGUCUGGGAACCAAAUUCCUCUCUUUUCAUUUUCAUCUUCCUCGCUUGCUUGUUCUCCAUCUUCCUCCUCCCCUACGCCUCCGGAAGCGCACCUCCUUCCGUUUUCGACCAUGGAGUCUCGCUCUACUCAUCGCGCUCCCAGCGGAACUUCCUCCUCCUCUACUCUCUCUGCUCAGUGAUGGAAGGGCUAUCGUCGGUGUUCGGGGAGUUCGAGUUCAGUUACUUCGGUGCGAGUAGAGAGCAAAUGGUUUUAUCUCUCUGUGUUGGAUUUGCGGCUUCUCUCAUUGUUGGGUCUUUCCUCGGAGUGCUUUCUGAUACGAUAGGCCACAGGAAGUUCUGUUUAUUCUUUUGCAUCUUGCACUUUUUUGUUGGCGUAUGGAAGAGGAUAACUGCCCAUCCCAGUGUUUGGGUAGCAAGUGUCUGUUUGUCUCUGGCUUCUUCGAUAUACUCUUUCAGUUUUGAGACAUGGAUGGUUGUUGAACAUGAAAAGCAAGGGCACAGAGAAGAUUUAUUGAGUGACACCUUUUGGUUAAUGGAGUUCUUGGGGUCUGCAUCUUUCAUUGGAAGCCAGGUGCUUGCCAAUUGGCUGAUUGGUGACAAUGUGAAGAAGAGAAUGACAUCUCCUUCGAUGGCAGCUGUCUUGUUGGCUUUGGUGGGAGUCAUUUCCAUUUCACGGCUGUGGAGAGAAUCUUCUCAACAAGAGGUGUUUGAGGAUCAUGGCAGGUCCUAUACCUAUUUUUUCAAUGAUAGAAGAAUAUGGUUAUUGGCAUGUGCACAAGCUUGCCUUCACUUCUCUGUAUCAAUGUUUUGGAUUCUCUGGACCCCCAUAUUGGUGGCUGAUGGCAGAGAACUGCAUCUGGGCUUGAUAUAUCCGUGUCUUUUGGGAGCAAGAAUGCUUGGAAGCACAAUUUUCCCUUGGCUUAUUAGUGGAUCUUUGUCAUUUCGAACUGAAGAUUGCAUACUUUAUGCAUUCAUUAUAUCAGGUUGUGUACUGUCUGUCGUAGCCUAUGACUAUCAGGAAAUUGGUGUUCUGAUGACAUUAUUCUGCCUAUUUCAGUCAUGUGUAGGUGUAAUCCUACCUUCUCUUGCCAGAUUGAGGACCAUGUAUGUCCCAAAUGACUCACGAGGAGGAAUGAUAAGCUUUUCUCUUGCUCCUGCGAAUGCUGCAGUUUUGCUAUUUUUGGUGCAAGGAGGCUACUAUCGCAGUAUCAGCAAUGCAGCAAUUAUGGCAUUCGCUGCCCUUGGGCUUUUUGCAGCAGCUGGUUGCAUGCAUGUCUUGAAGCGUUUAGGGAAGCAACCAUACCAGCACUUGCGCAAGUUAUGAGUUCAUCACUCAUCUGCCAAUGUCCGGAUCGCUUUAAUAUUGAUGGCUGGUUUCCAUUGCCUAUAAAAUGCAGUCACAGCAUGCAAGGGGGUAGAAUGAUUGGCAAAAAGCGUUGAUCAAAUUCAACCACCUUUACCAGUACAACUCCACACAGCGGA